AUGUCUGUCUUUACGUACGACCCGAACCCGCCUCGGGUAUCGUCCCCAUGGCUCCAAGCCGCCGAUGUGGACGUGCCGAGCUCCUCGAGCCGUGGUCACCUGGCCGGGCAUGACGAGACCCCGGGCGAUGGACCUGUCGCACACAGCUUGCUCUCUGAAUACGGGGUAACAAGACUGCCUCCUGAACCGCAAGAAGGGCCGGUCGAGUACAAGCUGCACCUGCUGCUGCGUCCGCGGCGGUCAUACAAGUUUAUCCCCCCGACCGCCUCUGCCGGCUCGCCAAAGGUCACUGCCGACCCCAAGUUUCUUCAAAAACGUCGCGUGGUUGGGUCGGCGACGGCAGGGCAGACUCGGCAAAGUCGUUGCGAGCAUCUAAUGACACAGCUCCUUUGGCGACUACGCCAGUCCUCGCCGUACCACGCAUCUGUUGCGCAGCAGGACCCUGCUUUGCCGCUUCUACCGGAGGACUCGGCCAUUGCGGAGAUGCCUGUCACGCUUGGGAAGUUGGCGCCCGGCCUGGAGGAGUCUAGAGGUGCUCUUUACGAAAUUGGUGUGGCCGACGAUGGUGCGCUUGUGGGCAUUACAAAAGACGAGCUGGACCAGAGUAUUGCCACUUUGCGCUGGAUGGCAGCCCACCUUGGUUGCGUUUCGAAGAUUCUUCGCAUUGUCGAAGUCGGCCAGUGCGAGUGGACCGAGGAGACGAACCCAUCCGGAAAUGGCACCGUAACACUCCGUGAUCGUCUGUGGGUUGCGGAGGUGUUUGUCCAGCCACACAUGAAUUCGCAGGGAAACGGCAGUAAUGGGGCUGAGGCAGGAACUAUAUCAACGUCUUAUGGCGGCAGAGUGAACGAUUUGUCCACUACUCUGGGGUCCACGACGGCCGACCAAUUGCGGGUGACCUUGACCGGCCCGACAGGGUCUGGAAAAUCCACGCUGCUCGGCACGCUCUCGACGGGAGCGCUCGACGACGGGCACGGCAAAAGUCGCUUGAAUUCGCUCAAGCACCGCCAUGAAAUGGCCUCCGGCCUCACCAGCACUGUCACUCAAGAGCUCGUUGGCUACAGCGACGAAGUCAUAGUCAACUAUUCCAACCCCAACAUCGAGUCUUGGAUCGGCAUUCACGACUACACCAAGAACGGCCGUCUCGUUUUCAUAUCCGACUCGGCCGGCCACCCUCGCUUUCGUAGAACGACGCUUCGUGGACUCAUUGGGUGGUCACCGCACUGGACUCUUCUUUGCCUCAGCACUAACCCCGAUGAUGCUGAUAGCGGUACUUCUGGUGACUGUGAUACGGGGAGUGGCACAUCAACACCACUGGAAUCGGGUUCUGGAACGAAUAGCGCCGCCCUAGCCAAAGCUCACCUCGACUUUUGUGUUAAACUUGGCCUGCCAUUAGCCAUCGUUUUGACAAAAUCGGACCUGCUGAACAAGGAGUCGCUGAAGCGCACGCUGGCUCCUAUCUGGACUGCUAUCAAAAACGCAGGUCGCUUGCCGCAGCUGUUACAGUCGAAGCAAAAGGCGACUGAAAACACGCGCUCCGUUUCCUCGAUCGAUGCCGCAGCCAUCGAGCGUGUUCUGACUCCCAUGCGCGAGUCACAGGACUUCCGUACGGUUGUUCCUGUGAUUUUGACGAGCUGUGUCAAUGGAGAUGGCAUUGGGCUGAUCCAUGCCCUCCUUAAGUCCUUGCCGCUACCUCCUAAACCAACGUCAAACGACUACAUUGGCAAGGCACUCAACCCUGAGCAACCUGAAGCGCUCUUCCAUAUCGAGGACCGCUUCAAGAGCCCUGUGUCUUAUGCUACCGCCAGCCUUGCAGAGUCAGCCGAUUCGGGCCACGUACUUUCCGGAUACCUGCGCUUCGGCAAGUUAUCCGUCGGCGACCUUGUGGUAAUCGGGCCCUUCCCAUCCGACGAGGAUGGGACAGGAUCUGGUCUGGAUGAUGACAGGACUGCGUCCCCGAGCCACAACAGCCUGUCAUCCUCACACCCGUCGUCGUCUGAACUGGCGCGUAUCGCCGCCCGCAAUGCCAUUUCGGCGUCGGCUCUGAAGGGGGAGUGGCAUGAAGCCCGCAUAGAGACGAUUCGCAACCUCCGCCUCCCUGUCCAGACUCUGGAUGCCGAUCAAGUCGGCACCAUUGGCCUGGUCAUACUUCCGCCGACCCAAACCAAACAUGGUAGCUUUGCUGACGGCAGUGACGAAGUACAUAUUUCCACUGCUGCCCUCAAACCACGGCGUGGUAUGGUUGUUGCGGUGCCCAACAAGCACAUGCUGAAGAGUGGACUUCAGCUCCAAGCAGCCAGUGGACUCACAGCCUUUUUUGAGGACGUCAAUAUUGGCCGUCUGAGUAUUGGCACACCCGUCACAUAUUAUGUGGCAAGUGUACGCGCCCAGGGUCGCGUGGCCAAGGUCUGGAGCUCCACACCCGCCGAUGACCUCGGAAAAAUGGAGGCGACUGAUGAUGGCGUCUUUGAUUCGUUUGAGCAUGGCGAUGAGGAUGAGAAAUGGGGCAGCCGGGCCGCCCCAUCGAAUCAUGGCUACAGCGUCCGCCUUGAGCUGCUAUAUGGACGAGAAUGGAUCGAGCUCGGGUCCCAGGUUGUGAUUCUCGAAGGUGCCAGCAAAGAAGGAUCCGUGCUGGAUGGCUUUGUUGGAAAAGUAGUCGAAAUUAUGGAUUGA